AUGGGGAAGACAAUAGAGUCUGACAAUGAAUAUGACCCAUCCUCUGACAUUGAUAACCAAUGUGACAGUGAUGAUGACUACGAUGAUGACCUAAGUGUACAGAGCUCUAGGCAAAGCAAUGACAUCAAUGACUCAAAUGACCAAGUUGAUGCCGAUUCAGAGGGUCAUACAAUUGAAGGAGAACCAGUUGGUGACUUUGUUCCUGCGCCCCGAAAGGAAGUCCGCAAGAAAACCAUAGGGCUUGGCUUAGAGAAGAUGAUAAAGAGAGGAAACAAGCUGCCUAUCCAAGUGGCUGAAGGGAAGAAAAGACCUGAUGUCCCACUUCAAGCAGCGAAGCUGGCAUCAGAAACUGGUGUAGCUCUUAGAGACAAGCUGCCUAUCUACACAUCUUGGAAGCUUUAUGAAAAAGAUGGGGGGCCAGUAGAAGUACAAAAAGUGCUUGAUAAAGUGGCGAAUAGGUUGGAUGUGGAUGUUAAGAAUGAUGGACCAAGCAAAUCUGCAUGCACUGAUAUCAUUAAGAAGGGAGUAAAGCAGCAGAGGUAUCACCUAAAAAGGAAGUACUUCGACGAGUCCCUGACAAUGGAAUAG